UCCCCCGGCGCAGUCCUCCCGUCCCGGCCCCCGAGGAAGGAGCGGCGCCGCGCUCCCUUCCAGCACCGCCAUGUCCGGCCAGAGCCUCACCGACCGCAUCACGGCGGCUCAGCACAGCGUGACCGGCUCGGCGGUCUCCAAAACCGUCUGCAAGGCCACGACGCACGAGGUCAUGGGGCCCAAGAAGAAACACCUGGACUAUUUAAUCCAGUGCACAAAUGAGAUGAAUGUGAACAUCCCACAGCUGGCAGACAGUUUGUUUGAAAGAACUACCAACAGUAGCUGGGUGGUGGUCUUCAAAUCUCUCAUCACAACCCAUCAUCUAAUGGUGUAUGGAAAUGAGCGCUUUAUCCAGUAUCUGGCGUCCAGAAACACGUUGUUUAAUUUGAGCAACUUCCUAGACAAAAGUGGAUUGCAAGGCUAUGACAUGUCAACAUUUAUCAGGCGGUAUAGCAGGUACCUGAAUGAAAAGGCGGUUUCCUACAGACAGGUGGCUUUUGACUUCACAAAAGUAAAAAGAGGGGCUGAUGGAGUAAUGAGAACAAUGAGCACAGAAAAACUCCUAAAAACUGUACCAAUUAUACAGAACCAAAUGGAUGCACUUCUUGACUUCAAUGUCAAUAGCAAUGAACUUACAAAUGGUGUAAUUAAUGCUGCCUUCAUGCUUCUCUUCAAAGAUGCCAUUAGACUGUUUGCGGCAUAUAACGAAGGGAUUAUUAACCUCCUGGAAAAGUACUUUGAUAUGAAAAAGAACCAGUGCAAAGAAGGCCUUGAUAUAUACAAGAAGUUCCUCACUAGAAUGACACGGAUCUCAGAGUUCCUCAAAGUUGCAGAGCAAGUUGGAAUUGACAGAGGAGACAUACCAGAUCUUUCCCAGGCACCAAGUAGCCUUCUUGAUGCUUUGGAGCAACACUUAGCUUCUCUAGAAGGAAAGAAAAUCAAGGAUUCUACAGCUGCAAGCAGGGCUACCACCCUUUCCAAUGCAGUUUCUUCCCUUGCAAGCACUGGCCUGUCUCUCACGAAAGUUGAUGAAAGGGAAAAACAAGCUGCAUUAGAGGAAGAACAGGCUCGCUUGAAAGCUUUAAAGGAGCAACGUCUAAAAGAACUUGCAAAGAAACCUCAUACCUCUUUAACAACCGCAGCUUCUCCUGUGUCAACUGCAGCAGGAAGCAUAAUGACUACACCAGCCAUUGAUAUUUUUUCUACUCCUAGCUCUUCAAACAGCACUUCAAAGCUGCCAAAUGAUCUGCUUGAUUUGCAGCCAACUUUUCAUCCUUCUGUACAUCCUAUAUCUGCUGCUCCACAAGUAGGAAGUACCUGGGGAGGGUUCACUCCGUCGCCUGUUUCUCAACCACAACCAUCAGCUGGCCUUAAUGUUGACUUUGAGUCUGUGUUUGGAAACAAAUCAUCUAAUGUUGUCCUAGAUUCUGGUGGCUUUGAUGAAUUAGGUGGUCUACUAAAACCAACAGUGGCCUCCCAGAACCAGAGUCUUCCAGUUGCCAAAGUACCACCUAACAAAUUAGUGUCAGAUGAUCUGGAUUCAUCUUUAGCCAAUCUCGUAGGCAAUUUGGGCAUUGGAAAUGGAACUACUAAAAAUGAUGUAAAUUGGACUCAACCAAGUGAAAAGAAACUAACAGGUGGUUCCAACUGGCAACCCAAGAUUGCACCUACAACUGCAUGGAAUGCUCCAACGCUGAAUGGCAUGCAUUUUCCACAAUACGCACCGCCUGUGAUGGCGUAUCCUGCCACAACGCCGACAGGGAUGAUGGGCUAUGGGAUGCCAUCACAGAUGGGAGGUAUACCAGUAAUGACACAGCCAACGUUAAUAUACAGCCAGCCUGUUAUGAGACCACCAAAUCCUUUUGGCCCUGUACCGGGAGCACAGAUUCAGUUUAUGUAACUUUUAGCUGGAAGAAAAAAGAACGUUUCCAAAUAGAUGUGCUCACCAGUAAGCCCCCACUUCCAGGAAAAACAAACAACUUCAGUCUGUCAAGCUCUCCUCUUCCACUGAACGACGCAGUGAAAUGAAGACCAAUGAAGGAACCUGGGACAACUCCAUAGGAAAGCAUCAGCAUCCAAGGCAAAGCCGAGGCUUGCCAUGAGUCGAGGCUGAGAUCCUGGUUUUGUCCUGGUGACCAACAGGUCGAUCCUUGCAGCUUCUGAUAAUACCUGUAAUCAUAACGUACAAAGAGAAGCCUGUAUUCUGGAAAUUGAAUUGGUGUUUGGAAGUGCAGCGCGGGGCGGAGACGAGUCCUUUACCGUAACGCGAAACCAGACUCUGUGGGGAGGGAGGGUCCAGUCCUAACUCUAAUUCUGCAGUUACCUUUUCUUCAGUCCUCACAAACGUAGGCACAGCAGUAAUGGAAAUUAACUUUUUUAAGAAAUUAUAUAUUCAGUUUGCAGUAGACAUUCCUUAUGUAUUAUUGUUUGUAUUUAUUUAUGAUUAUCAAUUUAACAUUAAUAUUGUAUCAAAAAACUCCUUAUGAAAAUGAGUAUGGAUGUAUACAGUAUGUCUGAUUUUUAUCCACAAAGAAUGAAUCUGAUUCAGAAUGCUUUUCAGCUGACAUACAGAGCACUAAAUAUUUUAAAGGUCUGAAUCUAAUGAGUUCUCAGCAUAUAUGGGAAUUAGGGAGGAGCUGUAAAAUGCAUUAAUCCUUAUAGUCAAUUCUGUGCCUAGGAUUUUGCAAGGGAACAGUUAACUGACUAGAAGAAGCACUACAUUUUUAAUUCAGCAUUAGUGCGUUGGGAAGGAACUUUCUUGCUUUGUGCUUGGCAUGUCAUUAUUUUUACAUUUGACAUUAUAAGGCCUUUCCAAAAUGAAUGUGAGGAAUUGCUUUCACUUUAAGACUUUCCUUCUCUGUAAAAAUUGAGGUGUCGCGUGUUGGGGUGGGGGGAAGCCUUUUUGUUUGGAGAGUGCCAUGUUUCUGCCACACACCUUUUCACAGCAAAAAGGGGAAGCAGCCUCCUGACAGACAUGGAGUUACAAUUUAGUUAAUGAAGAAUUUAAGUAGCACUGUUGAUCGGUGCUUUGUGUAAAUACAUCAUAACUUCUGGGUAGAGAGGGGCCUUCAGAAGGAUAGUCAGUGAUAUGAAAGCAAUUCUGUACAUGAGUUAAGCAUACUUGCUGCAUUGUCUCUGCAGAUUCUAUUUUUGUUUAAAAUAUUAAAAUGUACGUUAGCAAAAAUGGGUGGAUUUUCAAAUAAAAUGCAGCUUCCACAGAAUUUUGUUACGGUA